AUGUCGCCUGUCUCCGUAGAUGGGAGUGAUUGGUCAGGGAUCAAUCAGUACCAGAAAUCCGAACCCCCAUUCUCGCCCACUUUCUCAACUCGCAAUAACCUCGCAACUCCUCCAACAUCAGGCACACCCAGCGGGCUGGGUCCGAAUAAUGCGGGUGCGCCGAACGGGUCUACAAAUGGCGUGAGCGACGCAGGCAACCCGUCGCCCCCGAGCUCAGUCGCGGCCCGGUCUAGCAGUGGAACUUUGGCGGAGGAUCGCAGCAAGCGACAAAAGCAGAUGGAGGAAGUUCUUGGUCAACACUACCUUGCCCUGAGACGAUUCCUUAAUGCAUCUCACCGGGAUGACAGAGCGAACAGUAAAACGAACAAAGCCCGAGACAAGCUGCUCAGACUUUCGGCUACUCAGUUUCAGGAGCUCAGUACUGAUGUUUACGAUGAACUCCUCCGCCGGCAGCAGGCCAUGCCUUCUCCCGGGCGGCCUGGUCCUCCGCGGCCCGAUGUGCCGCCGUUCCUGCCUCCUCGAGAAGAUUUCCAUGAGAAGCGCAAUCAAGCACGCCAGAAGCUCGCGUCCCUUCAACACCAGAGGUUUAGAGACCUGGCUACGGACGUCUUCUGCGAACUAGAACGGCGCUUCCCUCAGUUUCCGGCACGGGAAUCUCGCCGAGCUAGCCCCGCCCCCAGCUUGCGUGGACGGCCGUCAAAUGGUUACCCGCCAAAUGGUUACGGUCCUAACGGUUAUCCUCCACCCCCCGGCAGUCGGCGCUCUCAGUCUCGAGGUCCCCCAAACCGCAUGGGAAGGGGCUAUCCCUCCGGUGGUCCUCCGGGUAGUCCAAUGGGUGGGUUCCCUCCUCGCCAAGGGUCCUUGGGUGGGCCGUCGUCGGUGAACGGUGACGUCGGGCCGCAAGCCAAGUCAUUCCAAAGCAACACCAUUGUUCCAAACAAGAGUAUCAUGGUGGAGGACGAUGAUGAUGCGACUGGUACGGAAGAUGAUUAUGACGCAAGGAGCGAUGCUUUCGCUCUGGACGGAGUCUUGCAAAGCAGGAGAGGGACGACGACAACCCUAGGUGAGGGCGAGCGGAAGCUUUUGGCGGAGACGCAGUCGCAGGCGUCGGCGUUGCAGGAGAAAGUCAACAAGUUGGAGGAAUUGCUCAAAGAAAAAGACGAAGAACUCUCCAAUUACCAAAAGGAGCAAGAUAAGGUGGACAAACUUGAGGAAUUGAUCAGGUCAAAGGAUGAGGAGCUGGCGAGGUUCCAAGAAGAGCAUCAAAGAUCUCAGGCGACUGGAGCAGCAAAGCAAGAGUGGGAUGCCCUCAAGAUGGAACUCGAAAGUAAAAUAUCCCAGGCGGAAGAAUUGAACGCCUCUCUUCAGCUCGAACUCGAAAAGAUGCGGACCGAGCAUGAUGACACGGAGAGAGAUCUGCGAAAUCAACUCAACGAGGCAUCGCGGCAGAGUGCUGGGGACGCCGGUUUACAAGCUCGCUUUUCUGAGCUGGAGAUCAAGCAUCGGGACCUGCAGGCUGAGUUACGGGAGCAACAACAUGUGACCGAGGAAGUCAGACGAGAAGCCGCCACCUUUUUGAUGGAGAUGAAGGCUCUGUCGGAGCAAACCCAGUCCCGCUGGGAGCACGAAGAGCGAUUGUCAGGCGAGGUUCAACGACUGGAAGAAGAAUUACAGCUAUGGAAGACCCGGUACGCCAAAGCUAAGACUCAGCUACGGCAUCUUCGAGCAUCAUCCGGCAUUUCAGAAAGUCGUCCCGGCCUCAGCACAGUAAGUCAAGGUAACGGUUUCAUGCACGAUGAUGGAUUGGUCAAGGAUAUACAUGUAACCAAGUUCCAAAUUUCCAUUGACGAGUUGCUUCGCGUCGCACGAUCCGACGAAUACCAGCUCGUGAUGGACCAGGUUAAGGGGGUAAUUCUCGCAGUCCGUCAUGUCCUUAAUGACAUUGAAUCAACGCAAAACCCUGCCGACGGAUUGGUAGCUAUGCGUACAAAAGCUACACGGAAAGUGUCUGCGACAGCCAAUAACAUGAUCACCGCGGCCAAGAAUUUCGUCCGUUCGAAUGGUCUUUCACCCGUCUCGCUCCUCGAUGCUGCGGCAUCGCACCUGUCGACUGCAGUUAUUGAACUCGUUCGCCUCGUGAAAAUCCGCCCCACUCCAGAGGAUGAGCUCAACGAAAACGAAGAAGAGCGAGAUCAAUUUUCGCAGAUGAAGUCUCCCGACUAUUUUAGCGUUGCUCCGAGCCAGAGCAGAAUGAGCAAUAACGACUCGAUCUAUAGUGCUAUGAGCGACCCUUCUAAUCAUACUCCAAAUGGAACACAUUCUCAAUUGGAUGUGGGAUUUCAGAAUGGUGUCUUGACGGGCUCACAGCUGGGAUCGGAAGAUCACGAGCUUCAGGAAUUGAAGCUGUACAUCGAGGACCAGACAGAUGGGCUGGUCCAAUCCAUUCAGGCACUCGUCGCCAGCGUUCGUGCGGACGAUGUUUUGACGACGAUCAGCACCCACGUUUCGGCCAUUUCUUCCAUUGUUUCCAAUGUCUCCUCAUCCACAGAACAUUUCAUCAAUAAAUCCAAUGCUGGCCUCGUCCUUCGGGAACGCUCUGGUCCCAUACUUCAGACGCUAAACCUGCAUCGGACUCGUCUCUUAGAAACAACAGCCGAGGGCGAGGAUGCCAUAAACAUUGCGGAGCACCGAGAGGUUAUCAAGAAACUUCCACCCAUUGCGUUCGAAAUCGCCAGAGAAACAAAGGAACUUGUGCAUCGACUUGACCUUACGGAUGAUAACGAUUCCGAAGACGACUUCCGGUAG